AUGGAGGCCCCAGUCACAAGAAUAACCAUCGAAUACAAUCAUUGCUGGACGUUAACAACAUGCACAGCUACAACAAAUAUACCAUUCAUCUUUCCCCUUGGACUUCUUCGAUACUCCAAUAUUUCCUACUCAUCGUCGCAGUCUCGAUAUCUACAAGCACAACAUGCCCUUGUACUAGAAUCUCCAGGACUCCAGGACACUAGACCAAAGCAUAGGCUAGGCAAAGAUCCUCGAACAUGGUACAUUCCCAGUCUGCCUUUGAGAGCCAUCCACAGUAACUCGGGCAAGAAUACAGAUAGAUGGGGAGAUCCAUGGUAUGGGAAACCAUACUAA